CCUAACAACUGUCAACGUUGGAGAAUAUUGUUGAAGCAUACAUAAUAAACACUUGUAUACAAUAUCAAAUAAUUCUAUAUGAAUUCGUUACACUGUACUAUACUUAUAAUUAUUUAAAAAUUAUCCAAUUUACCGAUUUUAAUAUUAUAAAUCUGUAUAUAUGUUAUAUAUUAACAUGGAUAUACCAUUAUUAGUUUCUAUUGCUGUUGGACUUCUUACGAUUAUUUUGUUUUUAACACUAUGGAUAACGAAAAAAUCAGCACAAGUUAUACAUCAAACUGCAGAUCGACCUCAACCUGUCAGAAGAGCCACUGGGGUACGCAAUGCACGCCGACGUAUGCAAGGUACAGGAGUACAAAAUGAUGCUGAAAAUGUCCUCGUGAAUAAUGCUCCAAAUGGAGAAGAUAAUGAUAUAAAUGAUGACAAAAUUAAUAUGCCUAGUGGAAAAAUAGGAGUUAAAAAGAAAGCUAAACUCGAGGCGAAAGCGGAAAAACGUCAGGCUCGAGAAGUAAUGGAGAAAGAAAGAGAAGAAAGGAAGAAGCGAGAACAACAUCUCCAAGCAGAAGCUGACAAACAGAGGGAGAAAGAGAAACUUGAAGAAUUAAAGCGAGAAGAAGCUGAAAAAAAGGAACGUGAAGAGAAAGAAAAAAAAGAAUAUGAAGAAUAUUUAAAGCUGAAAGAAGCUUUUAGUAUAGAGGAAGAAGGGUUCGAUGAAGAAAAUAGAAAUGAAGAUAAUCUUCUUCAAGAAUUUAUAAAUUACAUUCAAUUAAAUAAGGUUGUAAUUUUAGAAGAUUUGGCUGGACAUUUUAAGCUCAAAACUGCUAACGUUAUUGAAAGAAUACAAGAUUUACAAGCUAGUGGAAAUUUAACAGGAGUUAUUGAUGACAGAGGUAAAUUUAUAUAUAUAUCUCAGGAAGAGUUGGAAGCUGUUGCUAAAUUUGUCAAGCAACGAGGAAGAGUCAGCAUUGCUGAAUUAGCAGAAAAUUCUAAUAACUUAAUCACUCUUACACCUGGAAAUUUUGUGCCUGUUAAAAUGUGUUAAUUACUUUAUAUAUUCUAUAAUACAUUCAAUCAUCUUGUUUAUUUUAACAUCGAUGAAUAUAUAUAUAUAUAUAUAUAUAUAUAAAAUUUGUUUGAUUAAAUUUUAUGAAAAAUCAAAAAUCAUAAUUGAUAACUUCCUCUUGCGUGUUAAUUCAUUUUUGUUUAGAUAUUUAUAGUUCAAGAUAAUUUAAGAUUAUAGGAA